UAGUAUAUUACUAUAUUUAAAUUUAUAUUAUAACGUAUCAUAAAAAUUAAAAAUAUAUUUAAUAUUUUUACGAUAGAAGUAGAACGACUUAACUAUAGUCUUGGCAAAAGUUCAAAAGUACCUGAUCCUGAUGCCCAGCACGUAUAAUAGAAACAAGUAUUAAGUUAAAUCCAGAAUUCACUAUUUGAGAGAUACACCGUUUUUUUUUUUUUUGUUGAGCAAUUAUGGACAUUUCCAAAGGAUGCAGUUGUAGCUGCUGUGACCAAUGUAAGCAACACCCAACAUUCCAUACAAUCCAGAAGUUGUGCAACAUCAAUGAUUGCUUAGAUCGCAUAACUACACUAGAUAUAAGCUCUAGUAGUAUCUGUGAAGUACCCGAAUUCAUUGGAAAUCUUGUGAAUAUAGUCAAACUUGAUUUAUCAUCAAAUGAAUUGAAAACACUGCCAUUAUCACUUAUCAAAUGUCAACAUUUAACAGAUCUCAUUUUGUCACAUAAUACAUUUACACAAGUUCCUCAAUGUUUAAUUGACGGUAUGCACUCUUUAAAAUCACUCGAUUUAUCUCACAACCAGCUCUUAGAUAUCAACAUAAAACCAUUCUGUGUUCAGCAGUUACUAACAUUAAAUAUCAGUUACAAUUCAAAACUGAAUACCCUUCCACAAUGGUUAUGGUCAAUUGAAUGUAAUUCAUUAGAAUCAUUGGAUAUAUCAUUUACAAAUUGCCUAGACAAUAUUGCAGUGGAUCCUUAUCUGAACAUGUAUGGUAUUGGUAAUCAUCUGAAAUAUUUGUAUUUAUCCAAUACAAAUUCUGUUGUACGAAAAUUAGAUUUUAUCAAAAAUUUAAAAAAUCUAAGAAAUAUUGUUUUGGAUAACAAAGAUACAACGAUCAAAAAAUGUCGUAAUUACUACCAUGAUGUACCACUAGUGUUUAAUUAUCGAUUUAAAUUUAUUGAAUCUUUAAGUAUGAUCAAUGUUGACUUAUCAACCAUUGGAAACAGAGUUCAUUUCAGUUUUCCAAGUGUACGGUUUUUGAAUUUAUCCAAUAAUUCUAUUGUGUUAUUACCAGAUUCAUUUAGUGAAUUGUCAAACUUAGAAGUCUGUGAUUUUUCAAAUAAUCAAAUUUUAAAAAUUCCUGAAAGUUUUAAAAGCUUAAAGAAUUUGAAAAGUUUGAUAUUAAAUAAUAAUUGGAUAUCAACAUUUCCAGAAAUUAUUGAAGACCUAAUAAAUCUGGAAAUUUUGGAUCUCUAUGCAAAUAAAUUAGAUAUAUGUCCAUCAUGGAACUUAAACUCCAAUAUAAAAUUACUUGAUCUAGAACAAAAUAUAUUUUCUACUGAAACUAAUAUUGAUAUAAACAUUAAAGCCAAUUAUUCAAAAUUGUUAAAAAAUCUGCGUUCAUCAAUUACUGAAAAUCGUAUUAUAGGACCUUUAUUUAUUGAAGAACCUGAUGAUACAGAAUCUGAAACUGAUGGAUCAAGUAGCCAUUACUCAUUAUAUAGUACUUCAGAACACGGUGAUCAUGAAUUAGUAAAUAUAAGAGAAGAUCAAGGUGAUACUUGUUUUAAACCAGAAGAAUUUUGGGACUGUGACACCUAUGAAUUUACAACUGAUUUAUUCGAUCCAAAAAAUUUUGAAUUGAAUUUAAUGAACGAAUUAAAAACAUUAGAAAAUUCAUCAAAUGUCAAUGAUAAAAAAAAUGCCCGUAGUUUGCGUUUAGCUAAUGAGCAUUAUUUUUGUCCUAGUGAUGAACUUCCUAAAUAGUUGUCAAUUACAAUAUAAUUGUCAAAUAUUAUU